AUGCCCCAAACGCUGAGCUCUGCCAGCAUGUUUACUUCCUGUGGCUUCAGCCCUCAUCACCUCCAUCCCUCCAAAGAAGAUGAUGAAGGAGGACUGAUCUUUCAAGAUGGAAACCUUACCUCAGCAUCUCUUGAUGCUUUAAUUCAACACCUUAUACCUACAGCUGACUACUACCCUGAGAAGGCCUACAUCUUCACAUUCCUGCUGAGCUCAAGACUGUUCAUUGAACCACAUGAACUUCUGUCCCGUGUUUGUCACAAGUGCAUCGAGCAGCAGCAACUGGAUGACCCAGUGCUGGAUAAGGCACGGAUCAGAAAAUUUGGGCCCAAGAUUUUACAGUUGUUAACAGAAUGGACGGAAACGUUUCCCUAUGAUUUUCAGGAAGAAAAGAUGAUUGGAUGUUUGAAAGACAUCAUCCACCGGAUAGCUCCGUGUGAUGAGCAAGCCUAUUGGAAAAAGAUGAAUCAGCUUCUACAAACCUUGAACCAGAAGCUUGCAAGUCUUAACCAUGGCCAAGAAGGGAUAGUCAAGAUCAGUGCAGCUGUUUCAGAUAAAGUGGUAGCUUUUAAAAGUAAACCUCCAUCCAUCCAAAGAGAAAUGUUGAAUGUCUGCAGUGAUCCAUAUACUUUGGCCCAACAGUUAACUCAUGUAGAACUGGAAAGACUGACUCAUAUUGGUCCUGAAGAAUUUGUUCAAGCAUUUGGCCAUAAAGAUCCCUUGGACAGCACAAAGCCUUGUUUCAGUGAACAGAAGAAGACUAGUAAUCUUGAGGCUUAUGUGAAAUGGUUCAAUAGACUCUGCUAUCUUGUAGCAACAGAAAUCUGUAUGCCCGCCAAAAAGAAGCAGAGGGCACAAGUCAUUGAAUUCUUCAUUGAUGUCGCCCGGGAGUGCUUUAACAUAGGGAACUUUAAUUCACUGAUGGCAAUCAUCUCUGGAAUGAAUAUGAGUCCAGUAUCUAGGCUAAAGAAGACCUGGUCAAAAGUGAAAACAGCCAAGUUUUUUAUUCUUGAGCACCAGAUGGAUCCUACUGGCAAUUUUUACAACUACAGGACUGCCUUAAGAGGAGCUGCUCAUCGGUCCCUAACAGCACACAGCAACAGGGAAAAGAUUGUGAUCCCCUUCUUCAGCCUACUGAUCAAAGAUAUUUAUUUUUUGAAUGAGGGAUGUGCAAACCGCCUUCCAAAUGGGCAUGUCAACUUUGAAAAAUUCUUGGAACUGGCUAAACAAGUAGGAGAAUUCAUAACAUGGAAACAAGUUGAAUGUCCGUUUGAGCGUGAUGAUAAUAUAAUCCACUAUUUACAUACUGCCCCUAUCUUUACCGAAGAUGGUUUGUAUUUGGCUUCCUAUGAAAGUGAAAGUCCAGAAAACCAAACAGAAAAAGAGAGAUGGAAAAACCUAAGGUCAACUAUCUUAGGAAAGACCUGAAGACAAUAAUCUAUAAAUAUACUAGAAGAAACUAAGUCAGCAAAACUACUUUGCACUAUGGAUUCCAAAGAUGCCUAUUUGGGAUUUAGAAUAUUUUAUUCUUUAUUUUUGUGUGCGUUUGGGGGCUCUCUAACGCAAUUAACUGGAUUCAUCAGAAAGACUCAAGUGAGUAGUCUUUUUACUGCACACAGUGUUGCUACAGCCAAUAUGGAACCUUAUAGUGACAAGCCAGUCGAGAUUUGAUCUUGGCUUUAUCAGAACCAAGUCCUUAUUGCUAUUUAAACUUGACUUUCUAAAAGAAAAAGCAAGAAAAGUCAUGGUGCUGCAAUCCAAAACAGUCUCCACGGAUGAGUACAGGGUUUGUAUCUCAGAAGCAGGGUGAAUCUGAUAAUAACUCAAAGAGAACUGUGAAAAGUAGAUGUUGCAAUUACAUUAUGCUACUACAUAUUUUUCCUCCACAAUCCUCAGCCUCAAUGAAGAAUAUUCCAACAUCAGGAAAUAAAUGACUAAUAGAAAACCAUAUUAAAAUAACCCACGUAUGCUACUUUUUUAAUAUUGAAAGUUUCGAGCUGUUGAAGAUGUGUUAUGUCUCCUUCCGUUUGGAGUCCGAAUCAUCUUUGAUCUUCAUAGGGAACUCCUAAGCUCUUCAGAUGACUUCUCAUGUGACCCUUAUGAUAUAAAGCAUGUAGCAUAUUCUCUAGUUCUGUUGACUGUUGAGAUGCGACAGUCUUUAAAGAAUCUUGCAUCGUUAACAGAAAGGAAAUCUGUUAAGGACUGCAACAGUUGCUUUCACCUACUUAUUUUCUCUUUAUCAGAGAAAAGAAAUAUUUUGGAAAAGAUAAUCAUGUGAUAGUAGGGCUCUUAUCUCUAGUGUGUCUUACAGUCUAUGAAUUGUUGCACUGAAAUUAUCAAUACCACGUUCCUAAGAUGGGUCCCUUAUUUUAUGGUUCCUCUGUGUAGGCGAUGGCCACUGCCUCCCAGCUAUGGCAUUCUUUCUCGAAUUCCUGACUUCGAGAUGCAUUUAGGGCUACAGAUUUGGGAGCUAUAGGGAAAGUUGACUAAUGGGGAAUGAACAAUCAGGCAGUAAUAUGUCUGCCAUAAUGCUUAGUGGGAGGGCAAGCAAUGGUUGCAAAUUAUACUCAAAUAGCCUUUUUAUAAGUAACGGGAGUAAAACAAAUCCAUAGCUUACUGCUUACUGUGUAGAAUUGCAGUAAAGUGAAAAUCUUCAUUUUAAUAACUGGGAUGUUUUCAUAAUAAAAUUGUAUCAGAAAGACUCAUAAUUCAGAUUCUGACAUUUGCAAGUAAUAUCCUGCACAGCGUGGGCUUGGCUUGAGAAUUACAGGUAGCUGAUGCCACAUAUAUAGAUGAGACUCAUGCCAAUGUACAUAUUUUAUGCAUCAUUUAAAUGCAUUCCAAGAUUCAACCAGUUCCAACAUAGGACAUUGGCACAGUGACCAAUAGGUGGAAUUUAGAGAGUUCACUCCUGCCUUCCAUCAUAUGCAAGAGUUUGGCAUGCUGGUCAAAAUCUCAACUGGUAUUUACAUUAACAGUAAAGCAGUCAUUAGGCACUGGAUAGGUUUGAACCUUAAUUUGCUUCUGAAUAUGUCUGUAUUGAAAUUCUAUCAUAUUCCUUCUGGGUAUUGUCACAAGGAGCCUUUUUGUUUCUUUUAGUAAAGCAAUCUUAGGUUCUAGAAUAUAACUUAAGUUAUUUAUCUGCACAAGCCUUCUUGACAACCUAUUUCUUUCCAUCACAUCUACUUCACUGUGUGCUGAUAUAUAAUGCUGGCACAGAAAUGUUUAAUACCAGUCUAAAUGAAUGAUUUUUCAUUAAAAAAAUAUAUGUUGAUCUGACCCUAGUUAGAUAUUUGUGGCCUAUGACAGAUAAGAAAGAAUUUUGUGCAUGUGCACAUUUUCCUCAGGCAACCAAUCAGUGAAUAUAUAAAUAUAGCUACUGUGUAUGAUCAAUUCUAAACUUGUGUCAAAUUCAACAGUUUAUGCACCUACUAUGUCAGAAUAUAGUAGCUAUUUCAUGUAGCUAUUGCAAAAGACCUACAGUAUUUGAAUUAUCUAGAUCAUGGGUGUCAAACUUGCCACAUCAUGUUGCCAACAUGUGACUUUUUGCAACUUUUUCCAUUUCCCGGAGCUGGGGUAGGCGUGACCUACGCAUGACACACCUGAACCAUGGGCCACCAGUUUGACACCCUGAUAUAGAUGUAUUCAGACCGCUUCAGUAACCAUCUCAGCAUCUGAAUAGGAAGCAAGAUAAAUUUAUUUCUCUAUUUGUUAGCUCUUUUCUGUAGUAAAUUUUGAAAAAUGGAGGAAUGCCACAAAAAUAUAGUGAGGUAGAUGUCUCAGAUUUUAAACAGGAAAAAAAGAACAUCUAAGUUGUAAGAAUGUUCAGUCUGAUGGAACUAGAAUAGAUAGGAAAAAUGGUUAGAAAUAUGUCUAAAAAUACUGUAUGUAGAAAGAAACAUAGAAUGUCAAAAAUAAAUCCAGAAUUGUUUCUUUUGGAUUGGGCUACUGGCUGAAUAGAUAUUGAAAAAAGUACAAAAAACAGUAUGCCUUUAUUUCAGCAAAGCACCUGAUAAAUAUUUUGUGGCAAAAUGUCUUAAUUGUGUUUUUGCUGGCAGUGACCUUCAUAGAUGAAUUCACAGUUGUAGAAUCAAUGAGUUCUUAUCAAUUAUUCAUUAAAUCAAGGAAACAUUUGAAUGAGGUGCCAUAGUAGAAGUGUAUACUUCAACCAUUGAUCCAUCUUAGAUGCAGAGAAAUCUUUUUUCCAGAUGAUCCAUAAUAUGAAUAACUGUUACCUCAUAGCAGUAACCCAUUCAAAAUGCUAUUGAUGGAAGGCUGAGUAAGAUCAUAUAAAUUGCAGCAUAACACAGUACAAAUGUCUGCCUUCAGGUGUGCUCAAAUUCAGAACACUAAUGUAUGGUAGACAACAUCUGGUUUAACAGUGGUACAUGAGGUUUCCAGAUUAUAACAAAUGUGAAAAAGCUACAAAACAGUGCCAUGAACAUUAAUAGAACCAUAAUAUUUAGGAACAAGAAUAAAUACUUCCUUAUUUGGGACUAAUCAGAUUUGUCUGGUCCUGUAUAUGUUUUUGAAUAAGAAUUAAGAAAGAUGAGGCAAACACGAGAAAGAUGAGACAAAUACCAGACGGUCUGAUGUAGAAAACAAGACAAUGUUGCUUCGCUUCUUAUCCAGAAGACAGGAUUAAUCUAAUGGGCUUAAGUUAGGGAAGAUGAAUGUUGACUGAAUGGUAGGAAGAAGAUGAAAGAGCCAUUUUAUAAUGGUUUAAUGAUAAUUCACUGUUCUGCAUGAGAAAAUUUGCAAAGCAAAUUGUAACUUAGAAGUGCAAAAUGCCUAAUUAAACCCCAAAACAAUGAUAAUACAAAUCUUAAAAACAUAAUAAACAUAACAAAAAAUGUGGAGGAGGAGGCAAUAUUCUGGCUGCCUUUGAACUAAGCCCAGAAGCCCAUCUGGAAGAUAUUCUUAUGCAGGAUUUCCUGCAUUUACAAAGGGUUGAAUUACUAAAUAUCCCACAGUUGAUACUAAUGGGAUUAUCCCAUUAGAUUAUUAAUAAUAAUCUACUAAAAGAUGACUUAGAUUUAAUAGACCAAAUACAUAGUGAUGUUUUCUUUUGCUGAAGAGAACACAGCUUUUUCUCCUUAAAUGCUACUAAAUAAAUCCAAGGAUUAUAUUAAUUCACCUUUGUCUGAAAGUAACUCUAACUGUAGCCAGAUUUUAACAAUUGACAUAUUUGACUUUCUGAGAUCAUGGUGAUCAAAUGUAUUUCUACUUAUUUAAGUAAGAGUGAUAAAAUAAUAUAUGCAUAUUAGAAUGCUGAGAUUGAUUUCUCAGCUAGUAUCGGUUGCAAAUAUUUCAUUAUUUGUAUUUGCAAACAGUGAUUUGGCUAGGUAUAAAAAACAAAGCAAAUCUGUAUUUCAAAUACAUAAUAUGAAUACAUUGUACACACUCUUUCAGAAAGCAUAAAACCCAAUUUAUUGAAUGAAUAGUACAUACUAGGUUUCACAGGAGGAAAAUAUUCCAAAUAAUUCACCUAUAUUUCAUCAGAAACUAUUAUAAAUGGAUUCAGCUCUGCAUACUGAAAAUUGCUAAGCUUAUGAAAGAAUCCUCAGUCUUCGGCCGAAACUGAGCCUCUGGUCUGACCUUAUACAAUGAGCAAGGCAGUCAUUUUAAACUGAGUUAUGGACAUACUGAAUGCAUUUUUUAAAAAUGCAGCCUGCCUAAGAUUGGAAAUGCAAUUUGUUAUCCAUUUAAUAGGAAAAGGCAGUAUUUCUUUCAGCUGUAGUUCUGGAAUCAUAUUCACAUCAUUACAGAAAUUUAGAAUCUUGAGAUGAAUGUAAUUACUUCAAUUCCAUUUAAAACGUUUCAGAAUGAGAUAAUCCAAAACCUAAGCAACAGUCAAAUACAUUCGAAUCGGUGCUGCUUUCACUAAAAGUAUAGUAAGAAUCAAUUAUGGCAAUGAAUAACUUUCAUGAACCACUACGGAAUGAGAACAGUCUGCUUCUCAAACAGGUGAGGAAUGAACUGCACGAUCAAAACAAAGCUUUCAUUUAUCUAACUAUUAUUAUAGUAGCUAAUUUUAAUAACUAGCACCAGUCACUAAAAUGUGACCGUAAAUGUGACUCCCUGUAAAAUACCUGAUAUUUUUUAGAUUUAAAACUUGAUGUGAUGCCAGCUUUCAUUUAAUAAAAUAAUUACUGAAUCCCACCUACAAUAACCAUACAGCGUAUUGUAUGUGUAAAUACCAAACCAUAAUUGGUGCUAUGGAAAUGCCUAGCACUCUUCUUAUCUCCUACCCUGCUUAAAAAGUUACUGGUCCUAUUCAAUUCUCCUUGAAUGAAAAUUCUACGAAGGAAGAGGGAUUAAUGAUAUACGGGUAGUCCUCAAUUUAUAACCAUUUGUUUAGUGACUGUUUGA